AUAUCCAGCGAAAAACCAUUAAUCUCUCAUAACUUCGCACGAUCAACGAAAAAGGACAUAAGUAUAACACAAUAGGUUCAAACAAAUCGACUUUCUUCGAGCAUGACGGAUAACUGUGAACAUGCGAAUAUCAACGAGAAAAAUGUAAAGAUUUUCAUCAGAAUUCUCCCACUUGAGGAACCUUGCGAAUCCUGCGCGAAAAUUGACUCGGAACACAAAAAGAUCUUCAUACGAUGUCUACAGGAAAUGCAACCGAAUAGGAUAGCUAUAUCAAGAAAAUCAUCUUACUGGUGUUUUCGAGCAGACGAAAUUUUUAGCGACACUUCACAGGAAGAGAUUUACCGUGUUACAGCUAAGGACCUUGUGUCGAAGAAACCACAUUUAAGAAUUUUAGGCGGUGUGAGUUGCGUCGUAAUAGGUUAUGGUCAAACGGGUUCCGGGAAGAGCUUUACCAUAACCGGCCUUAGGAAUAACUGGGAACACAGAGGCCUGGUCGUGCGACUUUUAUCCCACAUGUUUGCUGAGAAGGCGAACAGAAAGAAAGUCAGCCGAAUAGAGUACCACGUCAGCUUUAUCGAACUACAUGGAAAAGAGGCCAAAGAUUUAUUGUCCUCUGGCACGGAUAAUAAUAAAGUCAGGAUAAAUGAGCGAGAACCUUUCAAGGAUAUAUCCGUGGUAUGCGUGAAUAGUGAAGAAGAAGGUUUGAAGAAAAUUUUCGAAGGUGAAUUCAGAAGAUCGAUCACGAAAGGAUCGACUUAUCCAGAGUCUCAUUUAGCCACGUCUGUCAUCACUAUUCACGUGUCUAAUACAAGUUUGAUUACUUCAUGGAGCACCGUAGCAGCAGCCAAAAUACAUAUCGUGGAAACAGCUGGUACAGGAACAGUAGGAAGGAAUAAUUGUUCGAAGACAGCCAUGGAUACUGGUUUGGGGAAUUUAAUGAAGACUGAGCUCGAGCAAUUCUUUUCGUUUAUAUCUCAUAUUCGAAUUACGAAGGAAGAUCUCGACAUCACGUUAUCGACUUUAAGAUUCACCCUAAAAAUUGCAAAAUUAAAACCACUCAGAAUAAAAGAAGAUGUAAAAUAUCGUGCAGAUUUACUAGUGCAUAGGCUUCAGAAUGAAGUCAGUGCUUUGAAGAAAGAGCUAAUGCUAAACGAUAUGUUUUUACAUCAAGAAGCUCUGCUUCAGUUUCUAAAUUAUCGAAUCGCUAGGUUAACUGCCAAAGAACUCGAAGUGGAAAAAUUAAAAGAGACGUACGAAAAUUUGGUAAAAAGUGUGACAGAAGUUGGUUUAUCAGAACGUUUACCUAAGGGAAGCAUGUUAUCUACCGAUGAUCAAGUUAAUAAUCGGAAACGAGUUAAGAGAUUGUCACAAGUUCUCCUCGAAGCCGAAGAAAGUAAAAGAGCCAUAGGAAAAGAAGUUGGAAUUUUAAAUAAAUCUACGAUAGGUCUAACUCUAGGACCCUACAUAAAUGAAAUUAAUCUUGACGAAAGAUUAAAACAAAGCAAACGUUCAACAAUGUCUAAACAAAUUUUGAAAAUUGAUAGUCAGAGUAUGAUGACGGUCCGGCAAUUAUUCCAAUCAUUUUUAAGAGAAGAACUAGAAUUUACAAAACUUAAGAAGAAAUUUGAUGAAAAUAAGAAGGUUCUUGCUACUGUUCGUCAGAGGUUUACAAACAUGAUUGAUAAUUAUUUUCAGGCAAAAAGAAAUUUAGAUGAUGCACGAGAUAAACUUACCAAGUAUCGACAAACUCGAUACGUUUUGGAAUUAGAUAGUUGGGAUGGACGUGAAGCUAUAUGCGAAAUUGAAAAAACCAUUGAGCGAGACAUUUCAUGUUACCAAAAAGUGCUAGCUAAUUUAGAAAACGAAGUUAAUGAGGUGCAAUAUGAAAUUAGCACGUUAGUUAAUCGAGAUUUUGAAAUGGGUUCAAAGUUAGAAUCUGGUUUUUGCGAAUAUUGUAAAAGAAAUGCCUUUUUAUUACAUUAUACCGAAAAAUCAAUGAAAGCAUUGUUGGCACCAGAAAAAGAAUCCUUGGAAAUAAUUCGAAGCAAGUAUAAUAAGUUUCAACGUGCAAUGUUACGUAAAACACAGGAAAUAGAAAAGACAAAAAAAGUACGAUUUGAUUAUGAAAAGAAGUGCUAA